AUGCGUCUCUCAAAGCUCCCCCUGGCAAGGGCCUCGCUCGCUCUCCUGUCCAUCACUCCCUCGGCCGCCUCUCCCGUGCAAGUCGACGGCACGACCCUCGGGCUCAUCAACACGUACUCCCGCUAUGCCACGGCGGCGUACUGCCCCGACCUGCAGGACUUGUCCCUCAACAGCCUGGUGUGCACCAACCCGAACGCCCAUGCCUGCGGCGGCAUGGCAGACACCACCACCGUCGAGGAGUUUGGCGACAAGAGCUCCAUCUCCGGCUACGUCGCCGUCAGCAAGAGCCAGUCCGUCAUCGUGGUGUCCUUCCGCGGCACCGACAUCUGGAAUAUCCGCGACGUCAUGAGCGACGUGCUGGCUUGUCUGAGGGAACCCAAGCUGAGGUGGAAAUGGAUCCUGGGCAUGAUUACCGACGCCAUCUGUGCCGUGAUGCCCUCACAAGCCGCCGACGAGGUGGACAAGCUCCUGCCGCUGUGUCACGAGUGCCGCGUCCACCAGGGCUUCUGGGCCGCCUUCACGGGCAUCAAGGGCCGCAUGAUGCAGGUCGUCCAGGAGCAGCUGAGGCAGAAUCCCGGGUUCAAGGUCGUCGCGACGGGCCACUCCCUCGGGGGCGGCGUAGCGACGCUCGCGGGCGCAUAUCUGCGCAAGGGCGGCGUCAGGACCGACAUUUACACGUACGGGUCGCCGCGGGUCGGAAACACGGCGUUUGCAGAGUAUGUGUCUGACGGGCGCAACGGCAGGACGGUCCGCGUGACGAACAAGCACGACCCGGUGACGGUGGUGCCGGGCGACAGCAGCGCCGGGUAUGCGCACACCACGCCCGAGUUCUGGUUCCCGGAAGGGCUGGGCCGCCCGGCCAAGGUCUGCAAGGGCGUGCAUAAUCUGGCUUGCAGCGGCCAGGUCUUCAACCUUCUCUCCCUCGGCGACCAUGAUGGCUUUGGGUACGCAAACGGGGUGAAUGUGUGCCCCGGCAAGGCGGGCAAAACCCUGGGGCCGCAGCUGCAGGACAUCAUCACGCAGGAAGACGUUGACGACUGGGUGCGCUACGGGAUUUUGGAUAACACGACUGCGCCUGAUGCCGGGGCUUAA